CAGGGUUUUGUUCUGAACAUUUUUCUUAAACCCUAAAUCAAAACCCCUUUGAAUUUGAUUGAUUUUCCAAGACUAUGAGGAGGAACAGAGAGUUGAAAUCUCUACUCUCUCGCUCUCUCCAAUUCUCCUCUUCUUCCCAACACACUCUCCCUGGCUUGCUUCAUCCCAGCGACGCCACUUUUUCAACCCCAACACCAUCCCCAACCCCUGAUUUAUCACAAGACUACGCAUUCCUCCGCAACACUUUACUCAAUUCCACUUCCACACAAACCCUCCCUUCCGGUGACUCCCCUCACGACGCCGUUUCAAUUUCAAACGCAAUCAGAGCCGGUUUCGACAUCGAAACCAAUCAAUUUUUUAGACAGUUUCGUGGUAGGUUAUCCGAGUCUUUGGUAAUGCAGGUCAUGAAUAAUGUCAACAACCCUGAGUUGUGCGUAAAGUUUUUCUUAUGGGCCGGUCGGCAAAUCGGUUACACUCACACUCCACUUGUGUUUGAUAAAUUGCUUGAGUUGUUGGGGUGUAACGGCACUGGAAAUGAUAGAGUGCCAUUGAAGUUUUUGAAGAAAAUUAGGGAUGAUGAUAGCGAUUUGCUUCGUAGGUUGCUUAAUUUUCUUGUUCGAAAGUGUUGUCGAAAUGGGUGGUGGAAUAUGGCUCUGGAAGAGAUGGGAAGGCUUAAGGAUUUUGGUUACAAGCCUUCUCAGACUACUUAUAAUGCUUUGGUUCAGGUUUUUCUUAGAGCUGAUAAGUUGGAUACUGCUUAUUUGGUUAAGAGAGAGAUGUUGAGUUAUGGGUUUGUUAUGGAUAGGUAUACUGUUAGUUGCUUUGCUUAUUCCUUGUGUAAAAAUGGGAAAUGUAGAGAUGCUUUGGAUUUGAUUGAGGAGAUUGUGCCUGAUACUGUUUUUUAUAAUAGGAUGGUUUCUGGGUUGUGUGAGGCUUCGCUUUUUGAAGAAGCGAUGGAUAUGUUGCAUAGAAUGCGGUCUAGCUCUUGCAUUCCUAAUGUUGUCACUUAUAGGAUUUUGCUUUCUGGUUGUUUGAGAAAAGGACAGCUCGGGAGGUGUAAGAGGAUUUUGAGUAUGAUGAUUACGGAGGGAUGUUAUCCGAAUCGUGAAAUAUUUAAUUCUCUUGUACAUGCUUAUUGUAAAUCAAGGGAUUACUCCUAUGCCUAUAAGUUGUUUAAGAAAAUGAUUAAGUGCGGGUGCCAGCCAGGAUAUCUGGUUUAUAAUAUAUUCAUUGGUAGUAUAUGUAGCAAUGAGGAACAGCCUAGCUCGGAUAUUUUAGAAUUGGCAGAGAAAGCUUAUAGUGAGAUGCUUGAUUCAGGGGUUGUAUUAAAUAAGGUCAAUGUCAGCAAUUUUGCGCGGUGUCUUUGUGGAGCUGGAAAAUUUGAUAAAGCUUUUAAGAUUAUAUGUGAAAUGAUGGGCAAGGGUUUUGUCCCCGAUGAUAGUACUUAUUCUAAAGUGAUUGGCUUCCUUUGUGACGCUUCUAAGGUAGAGAAGGCUUUUUCGUUGUUAGAAGAAAUGAAAAGGAACGGCAUUGUUCCCAGCGUUUACACCUAUACUAUUUUAAUUGAUAGCUUUUGCAAAGCGGGUCUUAUUCAGCAGGCUCGCAAAUGGUUUAACGAAAUGUUAAGCGAAGGUUGCUCGCCCAAUGUGGUGACUUAUACUGCUCUUAUUCAUGCAUACCUGAAAGCAAGAAAAGUGUCUGAUGCAAAUGAACUUUUUGAUAUGAUGUUGCUUGAAGGUUGCAAGCCUAAUGUUGUUACAUAUACAGCUUUAAUUGAUGGUCAUUGUAAGGCUGGGCAGAUUGAAAAAGCUUGUCAGAUCUAUGCCAGAAUGCGAGGUGACGUAGAAUCCUCUGAUAUCGACAAGUAUUUUAAGCUAGAUCACGACAACUCUGAAGGACCAAAUGUUAUUACAUAUGGGGCUUUGGUGGAUGGUUUAUGCAAAGCCAACAAGGUUAAGGAGGCACGGGAAUUGUUGGAUACCAUGUCAUCUCAUGGUUGUGAGCCUAACCAUAUAGUGUACGAUGCUGUUAUCGACGGGUUUUGCAAGAUUGGAAAGCUUCAGGAUGCACAAGAGGUAUUUGCAAAAAUGUCAGAGCGUGGAUACAGUCCAAAUUUGUAUACCUAUAGCUCUUUAAUCGAUUGUCUGUUUAAAGAUAACCGAUUGGAUCUUGUUUUGAAAGUGUUGUCGAAGAUGCUAGAGAGUUCUUGCACUCCAAAUGUUGUUAUUUACACAGAGAUGGUUGAUGGCCUCUGUAAAGUUGGAAAAACAGAUGAAGCUUACAAGCUCAUGCUCAAGAUGGAAGAAAAGGGCUGCAAUCCAAAUGUUGUAACCUAUACUGCAAUGAUUGAUGGUUUUGGGAAAUUAGGAAAAAUUGAACAGUGCCUUGAGCUCUACAGAGAUAUGUGCUCAAAGGGCUGUGCUCCAAACUUUAUAACCUACAGGGUUUUGAUAAAUCAUUGUUGCUCAAAUGGCCUUCUUGAUGAAGCAUACAAACUCUUGGAUGAAAUGAAACAAACAUAUUGGCCAAAGCAUAUAUUAAGUCACCGUAAAAUUAUUGAGGGCUUCAGCCAAGAGUUUAUAACCUCAAUUGGGCUUUUAGAUGAGUUGAGUGAGAAUGAAUCAGUGCCUAUUGAUUCUUUUUACAGAAUUUUGAUUGAUAAUUACAUCAAGGCAGGGAGACUAGAAGUUGCAGUGAAUCUUCUUGAAGAGAUUUCAUCAUCUCCAAACCUUGCAGUUGCCAAUAAAUAUCUAUAUACUUCUUUAAUCGAGAAUCUGUCCCGUGCAAGUAAUGUUGAUAAAGCCUUAGAGCUGUAUGCUAGCAUGAUAAGUAAGAAUGUCGUUCCAGAUCUUAGCACACUUGUCCACCUCAUCAAAGGCCUUAUCAAGGUUGAUAAGUGGCAAGAAGCACUACAAUUAUCGGACAGCAUAUGCCAAAUGGAUAUCCGCUGGCUUCAUGAAGAGGCAUGGUCAAGCUGAAGGAAAAUGGAUACAGGUUUGGAUGGAAGACAUGGUCAAGGUGAAAAUGGAUACAGGUUUGGACGGAAGACAUGGUCAAGGUGAAAAUGGAUACAGGUUUGGACGGAAGAGAUGGUCAAGCUGAAAAUGGAUACAGCUUUGGACGGAAGACAUGGUCAAGCUGAAAAUGGAUACAGCUUUGGACGGAAGACAUGGUCAAGCUGGUAAUAACAUCAAUAAUGGAAGCAGAAGCAAGAGAUUCUGAAGAAAUCUUGGAAAGACUUUUCAUAUUCCAUUAAUGUUCAAAUCCUGUGUAUUUUGUCCACCCAUCAUUACAUCAUGCUGGGGUAUGAUCGUGGCAUGCAGUAUGCUAAUUAAUGUCAAGAGCUUGGCAGCUGAGGAAUCAGCUUUUUGACAUCCGGCAUUUGGGAAAGCAUCCUUUGUUCUAAAUUUUCCUAUUCAUUUCAAAGUAUGAUAUCUGCUGGAAGACUUGGUGGCUACAGGUCAGAGUUGUGGAAAUAAUUUCUAUGCUCACUGCUUACACCUGACAACCUCCAGCUGAAUUGGUGGUUACAGGUCAGAGUUGUGCAAAAAACUUCUCUGCUUAUUGCUUACACCUGACAACCUCAGGAAGAUUUGGUGGUUACAGGUCAGAGUUGUGUAAAUAACUUGUCUGCUCAAUGCUUACACCUGACAACCGCCAGCAGAAUUGGUCGUUACAGAUCAGAGUUAUGGAAAUAACUUGUCUGCUCACUGCUUACACCUUACAACCGCGGGAAGACUUGGUGGUUAUAGGUGAGUUGUAGAAAUAACUUCUCUGCUUACUGCUUACACCUGACAACCGCCGGAAGACUUGGUGGUUACAGGUGAGUUGUGGAAAUAACUUCUCCGCUCGCUGCUUACAACACCUGACAACCACAAAGUGCACGCCGGAGGGAUCUUCAUUAGCUGAGCUGCUUUUAUAUUUUGAUGGUGUAUAUCGAUAGGUUGCAGUGGUAGUUUCUAAUUGGAAAAUGUCAUUCAUUUUCUUUCUUGAUCAAUUGGUUUAUUUUUAGGGGGAGUCAUUAUUGAUUUUGGAAGGCAAUUGCCUCCAAUUACAUGGCCUUCAACCCCUCCAUAUAAAUGAAAGCAACAAUAAGUUUCACACUUGAAUCACAUUUCAUCAUAUAAAUAUAUUAGUAUAAUAUUAUUUUUCAAAAUGAACUCUACAAAUAUUUAAAAGUAAAAAUUGUUUGGAGAUGUAUAUAAUAA